AGUGAGUACUGUCUCGCCAUGAUGACCUCAAAAUUACGUAUUUCCGGGGACCUUCGGAAGGACUACGUUCAAUCAAUCGCGGAAACGGAUUCAAGGCGAAGGAAUCUACUCUAAAGAUGAGCGAACCAGAGCUGCUGCUGGACUCCAAUAUCCGGUUAUGGGUAGUUCUUCCAAUUGUUUUCAUAACAUUCUUUGUUGGGAUGAUUCGUCACUACGUGUCCAUCUUGCUCCAAAGUGACAAAAAGCUCACUAGGGAACAAGUGUCUGACAGCCAAGUCCUAAUUCGAAGCAGAGUCCUCAGAGAAAAUGGAAAAUACAUUCCAAAACAGUCUUUCCUGACACGGAAGUAUUUCUUCAAUAACCCAGAGGAUGGAUUUUUUAAAAAAACAAAAAGGAAGGUAGUGCCCCCUUCUCCAAUGACAGAUCCUACUAUGCUGACAGAUAUGAUGAAAGGGAAUGUAACCAAUGUUCUACCCAUGAUCCUCAUCGGCGGUUGGAUCAACAUGACGUUCUCGGGAUUUGUAACAACAAAGGUACCAUUUCCCCUGACGCUGCGCUUUAAACCAAUGCUGCAGCAGGGAAUUGAGCUGCUCACUUUGGAUGCAUCCUGGGUGAGUUCUGCUUCAUGGUACUUCCUGAAUGUGUUUGGACUUAGAAGCAUUUACACGCUCAUCCUGGGUCAAGAUAAUGCUGCAGACCAAUCUAGGGUGAUGCAGGAACAGAUGACAGGAGCAGCAAUGGCUAUGCCCGCAGAUACUAACAAAGCCUUUAAGCAGGCUGGAUGGUCCACUGUUCAGGAGCAGGUACUGCCUUCAGACGAGAGUGCUGAAUCCAGUUCUUGUGUCCUUCGACCUUUGCUGCUGUAUGGGAAACCAACAGGAUGGCGUGGGGUCCCUUCCACCGCUCUUGGAGAGGCUCGUCCUUCCACGUCCGAACAAGUACGGAAUCGCCUGGCUGCAAGGAGUGGAUCAGGGCAUCCAGCGGAAGAGGCUGUGAAUCUUUGGUGUACCUGUGGAGAGAAGAAAGAACAGCAGAUAGAGAGCACAUAUUCCAUCCACUGUGGGAGCCUGAAGCGGGGAAUGAGCUCCUUGACAAAUUUGAGGACCACCUUUUGGCAGUGUUGUUAUGGCAUGGGAAGGCUUCGGGCCAUCCGCUGAAUCGAUCCACCAAGACGAGGAGACGGAAUGGGAAGCUUUGGAAUUGACUGAUCAUCAGUGGGCAUUAGAGGAUGUGGAAGAAGAGCUCAUGGCAAAAGAUCUACACUUUGAAGGCAUGUUUAAGGAAGAGUUACAGACGUCUAUCUUCUGAAAGCAGAG